GAGCUUCACUUCCGGGGUGAGAGGUCACCGUCGCGGCUGAAAAUGGCGGCGCCCGAGGAGCUGUUUUGCUGGGAAGGAGAUUGGGGUCUCCCGUCGGUCAGCACGGACUGCCUCGUGGUGCUGGCCUACGCUCAGUUUGCUGGAGCUCCUCUCAAACUCAGAAAGAUGUCCAACCCCUGGAGGAGUCCCAGCGGAUCACUUCCUUCUCUGAGGACCAAUCAGAAGGAGAAUUUGACCAGACCCUCUGACAUCAUCAUCCACCUCAGAAAACAGAAGUACAACGCGGACUACGACCUCUCGGCCAAGGAGGGCGCCGACAGCCUGGCCUUCAUCUCUCUGCUGGAGGAGAGACUCAAACCUGCUCUGAUCUACACCUUCUGGGUCGAGCCCAAGAACUACGUGGACGUGACUCGCCGUUGGUACGCCGACCACAUGCCGUUCCCUCUGAAUUUCUUCCUGCCCGGACGCAUGCAGCGCGGUCAGCUGGAGAAACUGCGUCUGCUGCGAGGAGACGAGAUCAUGGAGAACGGAGAGGAGCUGGAGAAGGAGUUGUACCGGGAUGCUGUCGAGUGUUUGAACCUGCUCUCCCAACGACUCGGCUCACACAAGUUCUUCUUCGGGGACUCGCCUUCGUCUCUGGACGCCUACGUCUUCGCUCACCUGGCUCCUGUCCUGAAGUCCAAGCUGCCCAAUGGGAAACUGCAGCAACAUCUCAAGUCUCUGGACAACCUGAGCAACUUCUGCAACAACAUCCUGCUGCUCUACUUCCCCCGAGACGGCCGAGAGAGCUGCGGUCAGAAGACGUCCUCUCCGCCGCAGCCUGAGGGCGGAGACUUCGACCACGUCCCCAACAAGCGCCGGAAGCAGGUGCUGUCGGCUCUGGUGGCUCUGGGCGCCAUGCUGAGCUACGCCCUGCUUACUGGCAUGGUGUCCAUCCGGCAGGAGGCGCUGGAGGAGCCGCCGGACCCGGAGACCAUCGAAUCCCACGCCGAGGACGAGGAUGGGGACGGCUGAGGAGACGCAGCGCGGCAUCAUGGGACUUUAUGGACAGAAGUAGAGAUGUUAAAGCAAAUAGUUAGAUGUGUUUCACUCUGAAAAGAAAAGUUAUUCAAAAUAAUAAUCUUCACCAACACGUCCAGGAGCUCUUCAGUGGACAGGAAGUAGACGACGUUGGUUUAUGUACAGAAAUAAAUUAAAAGAUUAUUCUCUGGA